AUGGAUGCGAUUCAUUCUGAAUCUCUUCAUGACUGCAAUCAAUUAAGCAGCAGUAGAGUUGUUCAAUCUGCCUUCCAUGUCAUUCGGCCUCAGCACGUUCUACCACCUUCACCUCAUUUUCUCUCAAACCUUGAUCUUUGCUACAGCAAGCCUGAAUUCUGCGCACUUGUGCUCUUCUUCAGGGAUUGCUUCGUCCCUGCCACAGGAGCCAAGAGUUUUCUAGACAGGCUCAGGUCUUCACUGUCCAAGGUGCUAGUCUUCUAUCCUGUUCUCGCUGGAAGGCUCAGGGAAAGCGGGAGUGGAAGGCUCGAGGUAAACAUGAACGGCCAAGGUGUCCACUUUGUGGAGUCAAAGGUGGACGCAAGCUUCCAAGAUUGGCAAGACAUACGCCAGUGCCCACUAGACAUAGAUUUAUCGCUCGACACCGCUGUUGUCAAUCCCAGCGAUGUUCCUCCUCUACAGCUUCCUCAACGCAUGGACUCAAGUUCACCGUGGAAGCACAAUAUUUUGUGA